AUGAAUGCAGGCUAUACUAUUGUGAAGUUUCGGGAUGAAGCCAUGCGAGAUAUGGUUUUGGAAGAUGGGGUAGUGCAUUUUGAUAGGAAGCCAGUUAUACUGAGACCUUGGUCGAUUGAUUUAGACACUAUGAGGUUAGUGAAAUUUGUUCCUGUUUGGGUUAGACUACCUAGUCUUGGGCUGCAAUACUGGGCAGUUAAGUGUUUGAGUGCUCUUAUUAGUACCAUUGGCAAACCUAUGCUGGUUGAUAAUGUUACUAAGGAUAGGUCAAUGGUGAAGUUUGCAAGGGUGUUAGUGGAUGUGGAGAUUUCAGAUAAUUUGCCUAAAACUAUUAGUUUCCUUAAUGAGAGAGGUCAAUUGGUGGAACAGAUUCUUGAAUACGAAUGGUUGCCUACUCAAUGUUCAUUCUGUAAAGUUUUGGGCCAUACUGCUACUAAUUGUAAACGAGACCAGAGAGUAGUUUGGAGGAAAAAAGAGGUCAUGAAAGGACCUAUGAACUCCGAAGAAGUUAUAGUUCUGACCUCAGCUGAGCCAACUACUGAUUCAUUUCCAAAGGAAAAUGCUGGAGUUACAACCAUAGUUGACACACAGAAAAUCGUUCCAAUGGAGGGUUGCAACAUACUUAGUUGGAAUGUUAGGGGCCUGAAUAAAAGGAAUAAACAGAGGUCCCUUCUUUAUUUUUGCCGAUUAAAUAAGGUUGGUUUAGGAGCUUUUCUUGAAACCAAACUUAGGGGUAAUAAGGUUGAGGAGAUGAUGAAGAAUGUCUUUGUAGGUUGGGAUUGUUAUAAUGGCCAAGCUAUUGAAGAUAGAAUUUUACUGGUUUGGCAGUCUGGUUUAGUGUUUGUUACUGUUCUUCAGGAAAGUGCGCAGUUUGUUCACUGUCGAGUGAAGAUAUUGGGCAAAGCUCAGGAAUUUUGUUUGACAUUUGUUUAUGGGAGGAAUACGAUAGAGGAAAGAAAAGAUUUAUGGCAGGCUUUGGCUUUGCUGGUGUUCCCUGUGCAGCCUUGGCUUCUGGCUGGUGACUUUAAUGCUGCAUUUGAUUAUGAUGAUCGAAUUGGACGACGUGUGAUUACUGAUUUGGAAAUGGAAGAUGCUCAGCAAUGGAGGGCUCUUUGUAUGGCAGAUGAGUUGCGCUCAGUUGGCUCCCAUUACACUUGGUCUAAUAAGUAA